CGGCCGGGCGUGUGGCCUCGGGUACUCGGCUGGGAGCGGCAGCGGAUCUAAGGAGCCGAGGCCGCGGCUCCGGGGGGCGGGAGCUGCGGGAUCAGUUCCGAGAGCUGCAGCGGCGCUGCCGGGGGCGGGAUGGCCCAUCUGCUGGGGAGCCAGAGCUGCAUGGACAGCCUGCGGAAAGACAUCACGGACCUGCAAGGAGCCAUUGUGGACGUGUUCUCCCGGGCUGGGGCCGUGCGCUUCCCCUCUUGGAAGUACCCUGACCAAGUGUCCUGUGACCUGGACCUCGUGUCGCUCUUGGAACACUACGACCAUGUGGAGGGCAACCCCGAGUUCACUCAGCUCUCCCACGUGGUGCUCCUGGAGCUGGUGAUUGACAGGCUCCUUUUGCUUCUCCAGAGCUUUACCAGCUACACGGACAACAUCACCAGCAAUGAGCUGAUCCCCAUGCCCCGUGAGGUGGGGCCCUGCAUGUCCAUUGGGCUCACAGUGCGCAGGUACUGGACCAGCAUGCUGAGGCUAGGACAGCUCUACCGGCAGUCACUGACUGAGAAGACAAAGCAGGAAGACUCCCCGGUCCUCCUGGACCAGAGUGAGGCUGCCGAGAACCACCACCCCGUCAGCCCCAAGCCCAAGGCCUCGCGAGGGGGUGAGAAUGAGGCCACCGAGGCCCCGACACUCAGUCCCCCGGCCUCCUGCUCUGUGACACCGGAGUUCCCUGAUCCCUGCUCAGCCAAGGACACCAGCCCUCCUGGGCACCUGGCAUCCGCUGCCUCCCCCGCUGCCACCUGCAGUGUCCACGCCCAGACCAUCGACACGGCCUUGAUACCCUGUGAUGCGUGUGGCAGCGUCCAGCGGAGCUUGUGGGAGGUCAGCAAGGCCAUCAUCAGCCUGUGUGCCAGCCAGAACCUGCCCUCGUCCCUGGGCAAGUUUCAGCAUCUGCUGCAGGAGACCAUGGGGCUGCAGCCCAUGUCGGCCUUGGACCUGAGCUACUGGGCUGCCGAGCAGAGCAAAGACCUGUCCCGGAUCAACAAGCACCUGGCGGCCCUGCUGCAGGCGGUCAGCCCCAUGCGGGUACAGCUGGAAGAGGCCGAGCGGCUGAAGCAGCAGCUGGAGCAGCAGGUGGAGGAGCUGGGGCGGGAGCUGCAGGAGGAGAGGGCGGAGCAGCAGCAGCGGCAGCUGGAUGCCCAACAGCACUGGGCUGGCAAGGAGCAGGAGCAAGAGCAGGCCCUGGCCCAGCUGGAGGGGGAGAAGCAGGCGCUGCUCUCAGAAACAACCCUCCUGAAGAAGACAGUGGACACGCUGAUGGAGGAGCUCAAGCAGAAUCGGGACACGGUCCAGGACCUGGAGGCAAAGAAACAGCAGAUGCUGGAGGACAUGAACCACAUGGUGAAAAAAAGCGAGGUCAAGCAGCUAGAGGCCCGUGUGCAGCUGCUGACUGGGCGCCUGGAGAAUGCCAGUCAGCAGUUCGGCUGGGCGAGCACAGAGCUGGACAAGGAGAAGGCCAAGGUGGACAGCAUGAUCCGGCACCAGGAGUCCCUGCAGGCCAAGCAGAGAGCCCUGCUCCAGCAGCUGGACAGUCUGGACCGAGAGCGUGAGGAGCUCCGUACCAGCCUGGAAGAGGCCGAGAUGCAGCAGGCCAACCUCGAAAGCCAGCUGCAGGCUGUGUGUGGGGACAAGGAACAUGUAGAGGUCCAGCUCAAGGCCCAGCAGGAGCUUCUGCAGAGCCUCCAGCAGGAGAAACAGGACCUGGAACGGGUGACAGAGGACCUGCAGGUGACCAUCUGCAAGCUGAACAAGUCGAUCCAGGAGCUGAAGGAGAGGGAGCGGCUGCUGGUGGCCUUCCCUGACCUCCAUGUCCCCAGCCAGGCCCAGUUUGAGAGCUCCGGGAACGUGGCUGAGGACAUGGAGAGGCAGGUGCAGGCCAAUGACAUCCGCAUCCGCGUCCUGGAGGAGGAGAAUGGCCGGCUCCGGGCCACGCUGGCCAAGCUGAAGGAGGUGGCCCAGCAAGGAGGCCUCAAGCUUGUCCCAGAGGCCCAGCUCUGGUCUUCACCUUCUAAAGGGACCCAAACAGGGACCAUCAGCCAUUCUCGAAGACCUUCCCCGGGCCAUCUCAGCUCAUCCGGCGCCCGCCGGGAGCGUCCUGCCAGCACCCGCCCCAGCAGUGAAAGCAGCCUCUCCGGCCGUGCCUCCCGGCUGCCGCCCGGCCGCCCCAGUGCUCUUCCCGCCCAGAAGUGCCCCCGGUCACCCUUAACUAUCACAGGCUCGUCCAAGGCCUCCGGCAGCACUAGCAUCGCCUACAUGGAACUCCGAGGGAAGGGCAGCGGGAAGCAUAAUUUGGCCGGCUCCGCACACCAGCUGAGGUAGCGGGAGGCAGCCUCAGAGACAAGAGGGUGGCCUGGCCAGCCGAGCCUACAGAUCAAUAAAGCCACCA